CUUCAGAAUAGAAAUUUGACAAAGGGGAGGGGUCAGUGAAUUUAUACCGAACAAUCUCCUCCCAUCCGAGUUUGACAGAGCUAAAUCCCAAAUCCCAAAUCAGGUAGCAAUCAGUGUGGAUUAUCACUGAAACCGAUCAGAUGGGAAAGGAGAGACAGUAGGAAACGCAUCCCUCUAUACUUCACUGUACUGUGCAAUAUAGGCUUAAAAUUCGCUACUACGAUUUUAAUCCAUUUUCAGAAUUAGAUUAAUCGACCCGAUUCGGAAACAAGUAUAAAAAAUACUUGCGUUCGCUUCUGAAUCAGUAAAAUAUCAUUAAUAAGAAGCAGUGAUAAGAAACGGGGGGAAGUUUCAGGAGAAAAACUUUUUUUUCUUUUCAUUCGCCAAUAUAAUCUGCUAGGCGGAUUUUUUUUUUUUUCUUGCCCGGGAAGUUCGGGUGAAUCAACUACAAUUCGGCAGCUUCUCCAGGGAAAGCGGGUCCGACACACCGAGGAGGAUGCGUGCGUUCUGGAUCGUCCUCUCCCUGUGCCUGUUGGAAGGAGGACGCGCCGCGUACUUCUCGCAGGAGCCUCAGGACCAGGUGGUGGUGAGCGGUCAGUCCGUGACACUGCCCUGCGUCAUCGUGGGAUACCGCGGUAUGGUGCAGUGGACCAAGGACGGGCUGGCACUGGGAGGAGAGAGGGACCUGCCAGGCUGGACCCGGUACUCCAUCAUGGGAGCGCCCAUGUCGGACGAGCACAGUCUGCUCAUUGACUCUGCUGAGCUGGCAGAUGACGCUGUGUACGAGUGCCAGGCCACGCAGGCUGCCCUGCGCUCCCACAGAGCCAGGCUCACUGUGCUGGUACCCCCCGAGGACCCCACGGUGGACGACGGGCCGGUGGUGAGGCUGAAAGCACACGCGCCCUACAACCUGACCUGCAGAGCCUCGGGGGCAAAGCCAGCCGCGGAGAUCACAUGGUACCGGGAGGGGAAGCUGCAGGAGGCUGCGGUCUACUCCAAGAGUCUGAUGGAAGAUGGUAAGCGGGAGCUGUCGUCCAGCAUGCUCCUGGUCACUCCUGAGGAUCAGGACACGGGCCGAGCGUUCACCUGCCACGUCAGCAACCCUGCCGCCCCGGCCGGCAAGGAGACCUCCAUCACGCUCAACGUGCAGCACCCCCCGACCGUCACUCUCUCUGUUGAGCCUCAGACCGUCCUGGAAGGAGCCAAGGUUCUCUUCGUCUGCUUUGCUUCGGCCAACCCGGAGAUCACCGGCUACAGGUGGGCAAAAGGCGGCGUGCUCAUCUCCGAGGCCAAUGGAGACAGCCUGGAGGCCACGGUCGACCACACCUACUUCACCGACCCCGUGUCCUGCGAGGUGUCCAACUCCGUGGGCAGCACCAACGUCAGCACCCUGGUGGAUGUGCAGUUCGGUCCGAAGCUGAUGUCUGAACCCAAGCCCCAGUCUGUGGAUGUCGGAAUGGACGCUGCCUUUACCUGCUCCUGGACAGGGAACCCACCUUUGACUUUAGCCUGGACCAAAGUGGGCUCAAAUGUGGUCCUCAGUAACGGGAACACUCUGCAGCUGAAGGCGGUCACUCAGGUGGAUGCUGGGAGCUACGCCUGCAAAGCCAUCGUGCCGCGCGUCGGAGUGGCUGAGCAAGAGGUCACCCUCACAGUGAACGGCCCCCCACUGAUCACAGCAGAGCCCCUCCAGCACGCAGCCAAGGGGGGCAAUGCGAAGCUUGAGUGUUUCGUUGACAGCACGCCCCCGCCAGACAAGAUUGUCUGGUCGUUCGGUGAGACCACCUUGUCAGGAGGCAGCUCAGGUCGCUUCACGGUCAGCACCGCCUCGGUGGCCGGGGGAGUGAUGUCAUCGCUGGUCAUCACAGAGACGAUGGCGCAUGACUUCAGCGUUCGCUACAACUGCAGCGCGUGGAACCGCUUCGGAGAGGGAGUGGCCCUGCUAACACUCCAGGAGCAAGAAGUGCUCCCCCUAAUGAUCAUAGUGGGCGCUGCAGUCGGGGGCGGAGCCAUUCUCCUGACCUGCAUCCUCGUCAUCAUCCUGCUGUGCUGCAGGAACUCUGGGAAAGGCAAGAAGAGCACCCGCCUCUCCAAGAGUGACAUCCGAGUGCAGAUCGUGCACAGCGACCACAACGUGGCCCGGACCAAUGAGGACGAAGAGGAGGACGUGAAGGAGCCAAUGGCUCCAAACAGCGAAUCUCCAGGAACUUCCAGGACAGAGCACAGUGACCUGCUGGAGGAAGAGGAGGACGAGCGGGCAGAGCUGAAGGAUCCCACCAAUGGCUACUACAACGUGCGCAGCCACGAGGGUCUUCUCAUCCGCAGCGGCUUUUCAGACUACCUCCCGAACCCCCGUCCCAUCUACACCCCCUCCUCCCAGCAGGCCAGCCAGCCUCGCAUCUACGACUACAGGCACCGCUACGGGACCGCCACUGGGGGGCACACCCCCUGCGAGCAGCAGUACCCCCAAGAGCCUGUGUACGGGGGCUCUGCCUAUCUCCCGGCACCCUACAGACGAGCUUUCACCAGCUACGUGAAGCCAGCCACCUACGAGAAGGUGGACUCUUACGACCCCUGUGACCAGGCCAGCAAGGUGUCGAGCUCGUCGCGCUUCUCCUUCGCAUCCUCGCAGGUUUCUUCGCAGCAGUCAGAGUUCGGGAGGCCCACGCACCAGCGCAUGCAGACGCACGUGUGACGCGGUGCGCCGGGGAUCGGACACGCGGCCUCGUGAUCAAACGAGAACAAUCAUGCUUUCAUCGCUGGAAGCUUCUGAGCGACUUAAUUAUUGGACCGAAGACACUGAGACAGUGUUUUUUAAUUCCUUCAUGCAGUGCGUGGAACUGUGUCACGCAACAACCUCACAUUGACGUGUGUUUUAUUACCCACCCCAUACCCAAGGGCAUUUUUCAGGGAUUGGUUUGGUUGCUGAAAAGUAUGGACCAGUGCGGGUAACUGGGACUAAGCCUCCUAGGGUCACUUCAGAGGAUAAUGUAAUUUAUUUGGGUUUCUUGUCCCGUUGGUUAUGGCCAACGAGGAGUCUAAAGACAGCGUGUAUAUUGAAGGAGAAGCUUCCUAAAGCUUUAUUAAGUACAGUAUUCAAGACACUGCUUUUACCUGUUAGUCCAACUGGUCAAAAACUCAACAGAAGGAAAAGAUGUUGGUUUACAUCACAGCUCUGAUUCUGACCUCUUCAGUUCCUUCAUGAAGCUCAUCCUACAGCCAGGUUCCACUAUGCCAGUACAGUAUAUCCAGGAGGGGAAACGUAGAUCUUGCAGGGAUCUCCAAGCUGUCCGUGUGGAGAUGUGGAAGGGAAGCACGUGGGUGAAAAAGUGAUAUGCGACUGCUGCAAAGUACAAGAACCCGCAGAGUCACGCUAAUAAGAGAACUGGUCUCGUUUUAUAAUAGAGCCGGUCCGUCACAGCGCUGGCGAGAGCUGGGAGAAUGGGCGCUGGCCCAACAGGAGGAGAUGUGACUCGGAAUCCGGGAGUCUCCCAGUUAACAGUUGGGUUCAUUUUGAUUAAUGCCAGGAACUAAUGGGCUGCUUCUGAUGUAGCUUUGUGUCAGCAUUGUUUUCACAAAACCAGUAUUUCUAAUAGAAAAUGUGGGAUGGAUUUGUUUUUUGAAAUACCAUACAAUAAAGCCAACCGCAGUCAAGUUGAGAUAAAGACAGUAAAUGAUAUUUAAGUUUGAUGUUUCUAUCUCCGUGACUUUAGAAACUUUAUAAGUGUAAAAAACAAUGAUCUAUACAUGCUUGUCUUAUUUUAAUUACAUUUUAUAUUUCGUAUAGCCCUUAAAUGUACAUUGCUACAAAGGAAAUUGGGCUUUGGGUGCACACCAAUGAAAUGAUUUCUAUGCAUUAAGAACUUUAUUUGCAAAACUAUUGUUGCUUGUAACUUUGUACACAUACAGUAUUUAUAUUGAAAUAAAACACUUGUGAUAAAAUGUUGUGUUUGUGUGAGAAUGUAAAAGAAUGGGAGUGCAUUUUCUUUUGUAAGAUACAACCCUAACCCUUUUCUAAUACAGUUGUGUACUUCCAUAGACAUGUUAAGUGCAUUGUAACCGUGCGUACGAGCAUUGUAAUGAAGUGUCAGCACAGCUGCACUUACUAUGUGAAUACACAGUCAUUAGAGACACAGUGUUACCAAAAAAAACCAUCAGAC